GGGGUCGCGCGGCUGCUCCACUCCCCACCUUCUCCCUGUUGUGUGCCUGACCUGUUGCUCGGCUUUCUGCUCCACCUGGUGUUCCCUACCCUGUACUCCCUGCUUAAUGUGCCGCUUUGCUUUCUGCUUCUUGCUUUGUUUUCCUUGCCCUAUCUGUUGCCUGGUUUUUUUGUUCCCUGCCUGAUCUCCUGCUCUGCUUUUUGCUUCCUUCCCUGUGUUCCUCUGCUGCUCUGCUUUGUGCUUUCUCCCAUGCGUUCCUUGUUCACACGGCUGCUUUGCUUUCUGCCCUGAGCUCCCUUGCCUGCUUGGCUUUUUGCUCCAGGUCUGUGCUCCCUGCCCAAUCCACUGCUCUGCUUUCUGCUCCCAGCCAUUUUCUGCUUCUUGCCCAGUCAGCCGCUGUGCUGCCUGCCCCCUUCCCAGUCUGUUGUACUGACUGCACAAAGGUUGUCUGUGCCAUAGCCUCUUUGCCAUAGACAGGACAGGAGAGCAGACCCUGAAGAGGAGCACUGGUGCUGAGGAAGAUGGAGAAAAGCACUGAAAAACUCUUCUCCCCUGGCCUUGAUAUGGAGUACACAGGUUUACAUUCAGCCUUUCCAGAAGGCAAACAGCUUAGUCUCUUCGAUUCCCCUGCUGAGCGGUAUUUGAAGGCCAGACGGAGUGUUCAGCAGUUCACAGUGUGCCAGCUUGGUUUGUCGAUAUUUUCUAGUGAGAAAUCAAACAAGUAUGUGGCACAUUCAUAUAACUUUUUCCUCUUCCCCACAAUGUUUGGAACCCUGGAUUCGGAAUUCUCCUUCCAGGCAUCUAGCAUUCAGUUCCUGACUCAUUAUGGGUUUGACUAUAACAAGUUUCUUAAAGAUGGUAUCCCAUAUGUGAAUGAGGUACAGGAGAAGAAACUUCAGCAAGAACUUUUUGCUGGAAAUUGGAAAGUCCGCAGCACUUUAGACAAGGAUAGACUGAAAGUGGUGAUUGAUGAAGUGACGCGCUGGGUCUCCUCAGCAGAAGAGGGGGAGUCCAUGGUUGUUUCUGACCUAACAGGGCUGUCCAACUUCCAAGUGGUUGGGGUCCACAGGGUGAGCCAUGACUGUCUUCAGGCUAUGCUCCACACAGGCUUUCAGAUAUUUGAGGUGCAGCUGAUUCUGAGACGAGCGCUUCCUGAUAUUUGGACAAAGCCUUCUGGAGAUAAUGAGGUGAUGGUAGAAAAGAUGAAUCCCCGGCAUCGUUGGCAUCUGGAGAACACUUCUUGUGACUUCUGCCGUAAGGAGCUUAUUCUCCUGUCUGCCCGGGGUUUCACUAGCCUCUUCGAGACGCUUGUUAAAGCCAAGAAGCCACUGGUGGGACAUAACAUGCUGAUGGACCUUCUACAUCUUCAUGAUAAGUUCUACAGGCCCCUUCCAGAAAGCUAUGAAGAGUUCAAGACUAAUAUUCACAGCCUGUUUCCUGUCAUAAUAGACACAAAGAAUGUCACAAAAACCAUCUGGAAGGAGCUUAAAUUCCCUCGAGCAUGUAACCUCUUGGAGACUUAUGAAAUCCUGUGCAGUGACCUGAAUCCCACAAACCCGACAUGCCCAGUGAUUUCUCAUGCAAGUGACUGUUCAAAAUAUGCUGAAGAGAAAUAUCCUCAUGAGGCAGCCUAUGAUGCAUUUCUUUGUGGAUCAGUUCUUCUGAAAGUAGCUCACUUGCUUCUAUGCAGAAUACCUUGUGACACAAAAGAGAAUGGUCCCUCUUUCUCUCAAUAUCUAAAUGUAUUAGCUAAGUACCUGAACCAGGUGAAUCUCAUCCGAGCUUCUGUCUCAAAAAUCAAUUUCUCUGGUGCAGAUGUCCCCAGCCGCCAUCUCCCUCUCCUGAUUGCCAGUGUUCAGGGGUGGCCUGGGGUGAAUGAAGAGCAGAUCUAUCAGGAGUUGAAAGGUCUGUGUAGGUUUGAUGUCAGACAGCUGACCAAGAACCAAUUCCUGCUGCUCUCCAAUAAUUUUAAGAACGUCAGGGUUGUUUUGGAAGAUUAUAAAGAUUACCCCAAUUUACGGAUUUCUUUCUAUCACUACUGGAGGCACUCACCACAAGUGAACUGCUUGCUACAGAUUUGUGGCAUUGUGGCCUCCUGGUCUCUUUUGGCUUUUGUGCUUGGAGGAUCUCUGUGCCACCCGGUUUAAGUUUCAUAAACAUCAGGAACGCUGAUCUUAGCCAUGUGCUCAUAUACCAGGAUGUCCCUUUGCUUUUUCUAUAGUCUGUUAACAACAUGAUGGUCAGUAAAACCAUUUUUACCUUUGCUACUUUG